AUGUCGACCACACCAUCCUCACCAGACAAACCCACCCUAUCUACAAUCACCGCCUCCAUCCACCGCGGCGCCAUCAAAAAUAUCGUCGUCCUCGUCGGCGCCGGUCUCUCAACCUCCUCCGGUCUCCCUGACUUCCGCUCCCCGGAUACAGGGCUGUACGCCAAGCUCUCCGCCCUCGCACUGCCCUACCCAGAAGCACCCUUCCACAUCUCGUACUUCAACCACACGCCCGAGCCAUUCUAUGCCAUUGCCCGCGCUCGGCAUCCAAUGAAUGCGAAGCCAGCUGUUGGACAUGCGUUCUUGGCGCUUUUGGAGAGGAGGGGGAUGCUAGGUUAUAUUUUUAGCCAGAAUGUUGAUGGGUUGGAGAGAGACGCUGGGGUGAGCGAAGAGAAGGUGCUUAAUGUCCACGGGAGUUGGAAGGAUCAGCACUGUGCGAUUUUGUCGGGUACGGUACCGAUUUGUUUAAAAGAUGGAUGCGGCGGGAACGUGAAGCCGGAUAUUGUUAUGUUUGGCGAGUCGUUGCCUGGUGAGUUUGCGGGCAAGGAGGAGGAGAUGCUUUCGCAGGCAGAUCUGCUCCUUGUCGUUGGGACGAGUCUGAAAGUUGCGCCGUUGUCUGAAAUGCCCCGGAAGCUUCCGACGCAUGUGCCGCGGGUCCUGGUAAAUCGUGAAAUCGUGGGCGAUUUCGGCUCGCGCGAGAAUGAUGUCCUUGUUCUUGGUGAUUGUGACGAUGGGUUGAGAGAAUUCGCGAGGAAGCUGGGGUUGGAAGAGGAGCUUGAGAUCGUUUGGAAGGAUGCCGUGAAACGCAAGGAAGCCGAGUUGGAAAGGGAUAACUGGGACGAUGGAAAUGCGCCGACGUUGGAAGAAUGUGUUGCUAGCGCGGCGGAGAAGAUGAAUAUGCGUAUGGGGGUGUCAGAGGGCCAUCGGCGCAUGUUGCAGGGACAUUUGGCAGACAAGAUGGCAGGAAUCAUGGCGAAGCGCGCGCAGUAA